AUGGCCACCCACCGCCUAGUAAUGGUUCGCCACGGUGAGAGCUCAUGGAACCAAGAGAACCGUUUCUGUGGCUGGUUUGAUGCAGAACUAAGUGAGAAGGGGACUGAGGAGGCCAAGCGGGGGGGCAUUGCCAUCAAAGAUGCCAAGAUAGAGUUUGACAUCUGCUACACAUCAGUGCUGAAGCGGGCCAUCCGCACCCUUUGGACCAUCCUGGACAUUACGGACCAAAUGUGGCUGCCUGUGGUUCGGACCUGGCGUCUCAAUGAGAGGCACUAUGGUGGCCUCACGGGCCUCAAUAAGGCCGAGACAGCUGCAAAACACGGGGAGGAGCAGGUGAAGAUCUGGAGGCGUUCUUUUGACAUCCCACCACCCCCCAUGGAUGAUAAGCACCCUUACUACACUGCCAUCAGCAAGGAACGGCGUUAUGCAGCCCUGAAGCCUGGGGAGCUGCCUACCUGUGAAAGCCUCAAGGACACCAUUGCCCGGGCCCUGCCCUUCUGGAAUGAGGAGAUUGCCCCUAAGAUUAAGGAGGGCAAGAGAGUGCUCAUUGCAGCCCACGGGAACAGCCUUCGAGGCAUCGUGAAACACCUGGAAGGGAUGUCAGAUGAGGCCAUCAUGGAACUGAACCUGCCCACGGGAAUUCCCAUUGUGUAUGAGCUGGACCAGGCGCUGAAGCCUACCAAGCCCAUGAGGUUCCUGGGAGAUGAAGAGACAGUUCGGAAGGCCAUGGAAGCUGUUGCUGCUCAAGGAAAGGCCAAGUGA